UGCCUAACCAAAAGUAUGCUUGGGCUGAGCCGGCAAAUUUGGGCCUUUUGGCCCAUUUUCCUGAAGAUCAAUCAACAAAGAACCAGUGUCUCAAAACGACCGUUGGUACCACAAACCGAACGGCAACUACCUACCGCUGCCAUCAUCGGGUUACGGCUACGUCGUAUUUCAAAACUCCGCAGCCGUUGUUUACAUUUCGUGCUUCCAUGGAUCUUCUCCAUUCUGCUUCUCAAGUCUCCACUGUCCGAUUCAUUUGCCCCAAUCCUUCUCUUACAUGUAUGCGCAGGCGAUUCUUCCCCGUCGAGUCUUCCGUUUCCAAAUCAGAAAGCUAAGUAUCAUAGAGAGCUCGAAGCUGCUGUGGAUAUAGUGCAGAGAGCUUGUCGCCUUUGUGUCGAUGUGAAAUCAUCCCUAUUUUCUGCCGGGGGACGAAUUCUUGAAAAGAAUGACCAGACUCCAGUCACAGUUGCAGAUUUUGGGGUACAGGCUUUAGUCAGCUUGGAACUAGGUAAAAUUUUCCCUUCCAUUCCCUUGGUGGCUGAAGAGGACUCUGCUUUUUUGCGUUCUAAUAAUUUGGUGGAUUCUGUGGUAAAUGCUGUUACUCAUAAAGCAAACAUUGGUGAUGAGCCUCUGACAAAUGCUGAUGUACUUGAAGCAAUUGACAGGGGUGCACAGAAUGAUUUUGCAACUGGAUCCAAGCCAGCUACGUAUUGGGUGCUGGAUCCAAUUGAUGGGACUAAAGGUUUUCUUAAGGGAAACGAAGCUUUAUAUGUGGUAGGCUUGGCUUUUAUAGUUGAAGGAGAGAUUGUACUGGGAGUUAUGGGCUGCCCAAACUGGCAGGAGGAUGUUCCCUGUAAAUCAAAUGCUGAAGACAAGGGAUCUGAAACUAUUCUUUCUAGCUCAGGGAUCAUUAUGGUUGCUCAUGUUGGAUGUGGAACAUGGAUGAAGAGGUUAGCAGUUAUGAUGGGUAGAUCAGCUAAGUUGCCUGAAUAUUGGACAAGAUGCUUAGUUGAUAAAUGUCAGUUGGUACAUAAAGCACGUUUUUGCAUUCCAGAGAGUCAAACAUGGGCGUCAAUGCCACUUUCAGCUUCUCUCAAUGAAAGAAAUGACGCAUCUAGCACUGGUGAUAGAGAAAUUCUUCUUUUGUCCACAUGUUGUGGAAGCCUGUGCAAGUACUUAAUGGUGGCUUCUGGAAAGGCAUCCGUUUUCAUUCUUCGAGUGAGAUCUCAGACCCUUGUUAAGGCUUGGGAUCAUGCUGUUGGCAUUAUAUGCGUGCAUGAAGCUGGGGGAAAGGUAACUGACUGGAGAGGGAGUGAACUUGAUUUUGCAGCGGAUCAAGUUGAACGGAGGAUAAUAUUUCCCUCAGGUGGGGUUCUCGUGACUAACGGUAACAUACACAGUCAAAUUAUGGAUAUGAUCUCUUCCGUUUCAACUAUUAAUUGAUGUUGCUGCCAUGACAUUCCCAAAAAUCGCUAGGCAUGUGCGGUAUGAUUUACUUUUGAAGAUCAGUCCAUCAACCGCUGGUUAGGUAGUCAUUCAGCUUUCAAAAGUGGACUAAGUAGAACUGUAAAUGUUGAGAAAUUAUUAUUCACCGAACUUCUCUGAUACAGAGUGAACUCAGCAUUUGUUCAACCUAGCUAGUUUUAUCAGAGGAACGGAAGGUAUAGGAAAUCGUUGAUGGUUGGAGUCUUGGAGACCUGGAAAACUUUAAUGGUAUUCUUUGGGAUCACAUUGCUCAUUGUUUUACAAGCAAGGGAAGUUCCUCAACUAUGAGAAUAGUGUUUGUGAAUUCGAGAUUAAAUAAUGCUUCAGUUACUUGCAAGAAAUA